GAGAAGGCCAGCCCCAUGUUGCAGCAGGCUUGCGCCUACAAAUGGCGGGGGUCCAAAGGCCAGUCCGUCCAGCGAUGCUUUUGCUGUGCUUUUACUCUUGGAGAGCUCACUGCAUUUUUCUCAUACUGUGGCCAUGUCGAGAAAAUCCUGCUUCAGGGUGCGAAUAAAGAUGGAUCGCAGUCAGCUCUGGUAACAUUUAGGCAGCCAUACGCUUAUCAAACAGCUCUUCUCCUAAAUGAUGCUACUUUUGCAGGCCAACCGAUUCGAGUUCUGCCAAAGAAGGAUUUCGCAAAUCCUCCACUCCCACAUCAACUGCCUAAUGUUACUGAGAACAACAGGAUCCAAGGAAAUAUUCCUGUAAUGCAAGCUGUGGUCCAGGUGAUGGCUUCAGAAGGCAUUGAAAAGUUGAACCAGACAAGAGAUGAAAUUGGAAAGAAGUACAAAUUAUCAGAGAAAAGUAGAGAGCUGAUGAACAAAACAAGAUCAGCUGUUUAUGCAGCCGAUCAGGCAGUUUCUGCAGCUGAGGAGGCAGCAAGAGACGUGGCGACCAGGAUCUUGAACACUGAUUAUAUUGCGAAGGGUGCUACUUGGAUGUCUGGUGUGCUUGAUAAAGCCUCCAAGUAUGUCUCAGAGCUUGGCACUAGGAAGGGUUGUAAUCCCAAAUCUAGGAAGCACAUAUGAGCCUGCCUCUUUUAGUUGGAGGUUAUAUUGGCAUUAAAAAGGGGUAUAUGAUAAACAAAUCUCCCAUACUGUCUACAGAGAUCUAUGUUGUCGAAAUACUAAUGCAAUUGCAAUUUGCAAAUGGUUCUUCAUAAGGAGCUUUCUUCCCUGUGGCCGAUAGUUGCUACUGAUAAAGGACCCAGUUAUGGCUAAUAGUUAA